UCAGAUCGCAGCAAAGGGAGGCACAGGUUUCCGGCCUGAUUGACGACAACACAGUUGUGGUCUGAAAGACGAAGAGGAGAAGCCGCUACUCGCACAGAAUUUAAUGCUGUAGCUUUCCAAGAUUCAGCUACAAUCUACUGUAAGUUGCACUCUUGCGGUGCUCUCCGCAUUUCAUACUCUAACUAAUCACUAAUUUAUAUACCAAGAGUCGGCAGUCAGGCAGACAUGGCAUCUGUUUACUGAACGGCUCCAUCUUCAGCCACUGCUAGCACCAAACAUUGGUGUGCAAUUUCCCAGCGAAUGAGACUGACCCACCAUCAUCAUGGAAGCAGAAACUGAAGUUAUUCCUAUCUGGCAGAAUAAGCCUCAUGGUUCCACCCGUAGUGUUGUGAGAAGAAUAGGUUCUACUCUCCCACUCAAACCUCCACAAAGGGCAUGUUUCCAGGAACUGCCGGGCCUACCCCCUCUUCGGCCUCUGGAUGGCCCUAUGGUUCCUACCUUGGCAGACAUAGCCUGGAUUGUUGCAGAUGAAGAGGAGACAUAUGCCAGAGUGCGGAGUGACACACGUCCUCUAAAACACGAAUGGCGGCCCACGCCUCUCCUGGUACUCCACAGGAACUCAUCUGUGCCCAACUUCCGGCGUGAGGGCAAAAGGGUGGAGGGGCUUAGGAAGCCUGGGGUCACAGCGCUCAACCGUACUACAGCCCUGCAGGAUGAGCUUAGCAGACUCCGUGCACAGAUCGCCAAGAUUGUAGCAAAUGACUCUGGCUCCAACCCCCUGACUCCUGAUCUGCUCUCCCCCGACGACACAAGCAUGAGCUUCUCCAUGGCGCCUUUCGAGACAGCCUCCUACCAGCCGGCUGCCACGGCUGCCGCUUCCUUUGUCAUCAGUGAUGUCACGGAGGAGGAGGAGGAGGAGGAGGAGCUGGAGGUGGAGGAAGAGGAAGAUGAGAAAGAUGUGGUCUCUGUGGUGUCAGAGCUGGUCCCUGACCCUCUGCCGCCUGUUUCCAUGACUGCAUCGGCGACCUUUGACCUGGACAGGCCCAGCAUGGACUUCAGGGAGGCUGAGGAGGAUACAGUGUCACUGUCAAAGUCCACCAGCUUUGCUGACGUUAUGGACAUCCUGAAGGACAUGAACCGCAUGAAGAUGAGCAAAGACAGGUACAACAGAGGCUGUACUUCCCUGAGAGAGGAGGACUCUGCAACUCUGAUUUCAGAAGCUUUGAGGAAAAAGUUUGUCUUGAAGGAAGAAGAUACCACCACUCUGAAACGGAAGUAGCCUGGAACACAUGUUUAUCAUCACUACCCGAUCCUGCUGUUCCAUGUAAGUCGGGACUGGAUAGUGGAGUUUUUGUAUUUGUUUUCAGAAUUUUUUUUAAAUAUUUUGUAUAAUCAAACCUUUGUUAAUGUUGGUCAAUGUUUUCAGUGGCAGAAUGUUUUAGCUCACUUGUGGGUUCUUAGUUGUUGUUGUUGUUGUUUUUCUCUCCCUCAUUAUUUUUAGGCCUUUGCCUGUGGAAUAUGUACCCAUGGAUCCACAACCUUGCUCCUCAGACCCAAGGCAAUAGCUGUCUGCCAGAGUUAGAACAAAAAACACUUUGUCCCAGACAUUCAAAACCAAAUGUGAACUCCACAGUGCUGAUGCAGUGUGAGGGGGGAACGGCCAUCUCUUGAUAACAAUAAUCAGUUUCAGCAUUGCGUUGAAUAUUACAUUCAGUGUAUUUCUCGCAAAAAAAAAAAAAAAGACUUUUACUGUUCAAAUUUAUUUUCAAUAAGGACUCAACAGAUGCAAAUGCUUUGGUUUUUCCAGUUGUGUAAAGAAGUCCUCUAACAUACUUGAAAAUAUUUUUGAGAUGGAACCGACCUAGUGCACGUGCAGGGAUAUACUGCAGCCUAUCAACUGUGUGUGUAUGGGGGAAAAAUGAGUUUAGACAUUUGCUAUUAAUAUUUGCAUUUCAGUACUGAGUUUGCAAAUGUGUACAGCAUCCUGUAAGUUGCUUGCUCCACUGCACCUCUUAUGCCUGUCCUCUUGUUUGUGAUUAACAUAUAGAUUGGUAGUCACUGAACCACAGGACACUGAUUUUGAAUCCUGAACUGAAAUACAUUAUUGAUAUAGUUUGAAGAGUGAACUGUGUGAUAUGUUUGCAGCUGUUUGUAUACUAAAGGCAACACCAAACAAGCUUGUACAGGUCUUUUACAUAACAAUUACCUGUGUGUAAUAUGUGCUAACUGGUAGAUGAAACCACUUUUAUGAUGGUUCUUAAUGAUGUGACAUCGAAGAGGUCAUUUCAAUUCAGUCAACUGAGCUACGUUUGAGCUUUUUCAUCAAUAUAUACAUGCAUAGUUUUGACAAAACCGUUGGUAAAGUGUGUGUGUGUGUGUGUGUGUGUGUGUGUGUGUGUGUGUGUGUGUGUGUGUGUGUGUGUGUGUGUGUGUGUGCAUAUGUCACGAUGAAUAUUCUUGUUGACGCCUUACCACAGAUCUAUUGCCUGUUCCAAUGCCUGAUUUUAUUAUAACCCUUAUUAGCUCAAAGUGCCAUGGCUUCCUUUUAAUCAGCCCACCCUUCAACACCUGCGCUUUGUUUUUCCGGAAUUGUGCCCUUCACCCUCAACUUUAUUAAGUUUUCCAGAUCUUCAUCCCACAAACAUACAAUGAACGUAUAUGUUAAGAGCCAGAUCUCUGUGCGUGUGUGUGUGUGUGUGUGUGUGUGUGUGUGUGUGUGUGUGUGUGUGUGUGUGUGUGUGUGCGU